AUGGCAGAGCUUGUGCCAGGGCAGCGAAGUACACACGCACCGGCGAGUAUUAAAGUGGAGACGGUAGGCGAGAACGGUAGCGUUAAGGAGGUAUACAGCGUAGGCAUUGAUGAGUUGGCUGUGGACGUCGAUGUCCUGGACAACGGGCCCAAUCUCAACACGGCUCAGCAGGGCGAUACAAUCAUGGAUACGAAUGUAUUGGACAUAAAGGUUCCAGUGAUUGACCUCACAGCCACAGGGGUUGCUGAAAUUCCACUCAUUGAUCUGACGGAUAGUGACUCGCCCGCCACUGCUCAGCCUGGUACAUCCGACGAGACGUUUAUACUGGGCCACGAUGCGGCCAAUGAUGAGCUUUAA